ACCCGGAGCCACCGGGAGCUUCAGCUCCUAGGAUAGAGAAACAAGCUUUGUUUGGUGACCUAAGCAGUGAGCACCAGAAAGAUAACAUGCGGGAAACAUAUCCACCCAUAGCACGGAGUACUUUUGGACACUCACUGUCUGGUGCGACCAGUUUCAGUAGGCUCAUUCAUAAAAGGAGCUGCUGUCAUGAUGUCCACUCUGAGACCAGCCCUGCAAAGCCGAGAAUCAUGACGGUCAUAAAAGCUAGUGGUCAAUCCCAUAAGAAGGUGACCAUUCUUUUGAACAGACACUGUACACAGACAUUUGAGCAACUCGUAAGUGAUAUAGCAGAAGCUAUGGGACAUCUCCAUGGCAAAAAUGAAUGUGUGAAGAAGCUGUACACUUUGAAAGGGAAAGAAGUGAGAAGCAUUUCAGAUUUCUACAGAGGAGAUGAUGUGUUUAUUGCUGCUGGGAGGGACCGGAUAACUGUAAGUGAUAUCAAGAGAGUAUUAAGAGAACUCUAUCCUAAGAAUCCAUAUGCCUGGAGUUUGAUCCAGCGACACUGGUGUAAUUCUGAGAAACCUCCCCAUGGAGAUAAUGAGAUGAGAUUCAAAAAUGCUGACUUUGAGCAUGCUGAGAUUGCCCAAUCCAAUAGACAAACUGCCAAAAAGAUGGAAGAUGUCCGAGCCAGAGUGGGACAAAAAGAAAGAGAGAGAGCUCAGAAAUGGGAACAGGAGAGGUGGGCAAGAGAAUGCAGACAGCUGGAUGAGAUAAGAAGGCAGCAGAAUAAUGAUGGAAGCUUUGAAAGGGACAAAGAAGAAAUGGAGAAGUACCAAAUCAACAAAAAGGAGAAGAAGCAUAAAAACAAAGAGAAGGUUAGAGGAAUAGAGAAGGAUAUAGAGAAAUAUGAAAGAGGAUGUAAAAGAAUGGAAGAAAUGAAGCUGUUGCAGAUAGCAAGAACUGAAUGGGAAGAUGAUAGAAUCGAAGGCACCAGUAAACAAAAAAUGUCUUAUGUGUUUAAGGAAAUAGAAAGUAGAGAGGUAGCAAGAAACAGAAGUAAAUGGAAAGAAGAUAAAUGUGAUACAGAAGGAGAACAGCCAUUGAAGAACAUAAGCAGGGAACAGAAGAAAAUUAGAGAAGAAAGACAAACAGAUAAAUGUGAUAAAGCGAAGCUUAAAAGACAACAAGGGAGAAUAGAGGAUCACCAAUGGAGAACGGAAGAUAAACUACUGAGUCUAAGAGAUGAAAGCUGUAAAAACACAAAGCAAGAAGAUACAAAAAAAUGUUGUUGUGCUCAGGAAACUUCAAAGGAUGAGGAAGAACAAAUAUGGAAUGAUGAAGAAGUGGAAAAGGGUCAAAAUAAACCUGUAAAAGCAAUCAGAAUAGAACAAGCUUUAAUCAAAGAAGACCAUAACAUUCACUCUAGAGAAACACAAUUACUGGUGUCAAGAUCUCAGCAAUCACAACCUCAGAGAGAAAUUGAGCACUAUUAUGAAAUAGGUAGAACGAUUGGAGAUGGUAACUUUGCUUCUGUAAAAGAAUGCCGGCUUAAAAGUACAGAAUAUGAAUAUGCAGUGAAGAUCAUUGAUAAGUCUAAGUUAAAAGGAAAAGAGGUUAUGAUUGAAAAUGAAAUUACAAUUAUAAAGAGCCUGUCUCAUCCUCAUAUUGUAAGGUUCAUUGAAGAGUUCGAGACAAAGGAUGAAAUAUACCUUAUUAUGGAAUACAUUCAUGGAGGAGACCUAUUUGAUGCAAUUGCAGAUAGUGUUAAGUUUACAGAAAGUAAUGCAGCCCUUAUGAUGGACAACCUUUGUGAUGCAUUAGCAUACAUCCACAAAAAGAACAUUGUACAUCGUGAUUUGAAACCAGAAAAUCUUCUUGUUCAACAUAAAGCUGAUGGAAGCCCAACGUUAAAACUAGCUGACUUUGGCCUUGCUGUGAAAGUGACCAGCCCCAUAUUUACUGUGUGUGGGACACCGACAUAUGUAGCUCCUGAAAUCCUCUCUGAGAAAGGCUAUGGGUUGGAAGUGGAUAUGUGGGCCACUGGUGUAAUCCUUUAUAUCCUGUUGUGUGGCUUUCCUCCAUUUCGUAGUCUGGAGCGAGACCAAGAGGAGUUAUUUGAAAUGAUCCAACUCGGAGAAUAUGAAUUCCUUUCUCCAUACUGGGACAGUAUUUCUGAUGGUGCCAAGGAUCUUGUCAGCAAGCUUCUGGUGGUGAAUCCCAGAAAUCGAUACGCUGCACAGCAGGUUCUCAAGCAUCCUUGGAUCUGGUCAGCAGCCAAGAGGAACACUCAUAACUUACAGCGGGAAGUGAGCAUGAACAUUGGGCAACAUUUCAGGCGCUUUCGUCGACAGGAGGUUCUGAACUCUGCAACAUAGAAUUCCACCCUGAGGGCUGAAUCUGAAAUGUUCCUACUUCAAGCAAAAAAAAAGCUACUGGCACUUGACUUUCCAGCAUUAAUGAAUAAAUGUAUUUGGAGUAGACCAAAUAAAUAAGUUAUAGAACAUAGAACAAUACAGCGCAGAACAGGCCCUUUGGCCCUUGACGUUGCGUCGACCUGUGAACCUAAUCUAAGCCCCUCCCUCUACACUAUCCCAUCAUCAUCCAUAUGCUUAUCCAAGGACGGUUUAAAUGCCCCUCAUGUGGCGGAGUUAACUACAUUGGCAGGCAGGGUGUUCCAUGCCCUUACCACUCUUUGACUAAAGAACCUGUCUCUGACAUCUGUCUUAAAUCUAUCGCCCGUCAAUUUACAGCUGUGCCCCCUCGUACAAGCCAACGUCAUCAUCCUCGGAAAAAGGCUCUCUCUGUCCACCCUAUCUAAUCCUCUGAUCAUCUUGUAUGUCUCUAUUAAAUCCCCUCUUAGCCUCCUUCUCUCCAAUGAGAACAGACCCAAGUCCCUGAGCCUUUCUUCAUAGGGCCUGCGCUCCAGACCAGGCAACAUCCUGGUAAAUCUCCUCUGCACCUUUUCCAGUGCUUCCACAUCCUUCCUGUAAUGGGACGACCAGGACUGUACGCAAUAUUCCAAAUGAGGCCGCAGUAGCAUUUUGUACAGUUGCAUCAUGACAUCACGGCUCCGGAACUCAAUCCCUCUACCAAUAAAACCUAACACACCGUAUGCCUUCUGAGCAGCACUAUCAACCCGGGUGUACGCAGAAAAAGAUGAAAAGGUGUCAGUAUUGUGAUGAUGCUGUAUUUUUAGAUUUUAUUUAUAACUAACAUUGCUGAUAGUAGAUGGAAGGAAGAUCCUAACGCUGCUCACUGGAACUUUUCAGUUGAUCUGAGACAGAGUUGAAGUGAAACAGGUCUUUCCCCUCAUUUCUACUAUGUGUGGCAUUGAUGGCAAAAAGCAGAUAUGCCCAUCUGUGGGAGGCAGCAUUUUAUGAAUAUUGAAACUAGGGAAUUGCAGUCUGUGUUUUUUCAGGGUGUUUACACAUUGUAUGAAAAUGAUGGAUAAAAGAUGACUGGCUAUUCCAUCAAAUCUAUCCAUAUGACCUGUGAUGCUUCUGAUCCACUAAUAUCAUGCAUGAGGAAAACUAAUACAACUUUAAAAAUCCUUUGUCCAAUUCAGCACUGAAAAUAAAUCAGUGCAGUAGGAAUUUUGCCACAGAUGGAGGAAAAGGAAAUUCCAGAAGACCACAUGAAACACAUAGCCAAUCAUCCAAUCACACACAUACACACACCAAUCAGCCAUCUUUUUAAAAUCAGUGAUAUCAGCCUCAGUCAGGAAUUCAUCCAUUGACAAUUGAAAAUGAGGACUACUUGGUAGUCUUCAGAGUAUUGGUCCUUGUGGAACCCAAGUGUAAGAUGCAAUCCCAAUACUGUAGUGAAUGUGCAUGAUCUGCCUCAUCAUGGAGUGUACUGAAAUCCUAAUCUAACAGUGUUACACCACUACACCUGCAUUAACACACACCCCCAUCCAGUGCCCCCACCUAAUCUCACCAUGGUAUUUUUUGGUUCUAAUACGCCUCAGUCUGCCUCCCCAGGAGAGGCCAUUCUUGUGCUCACAAUAGGCUUGGGGCAUUUCUGUGGAAGGGACAUAUUCUGACUGAUGGGUCUAUUAAAUUCUAGCUAAACCAUUUGAUGCAGAAUGCUUUAAGUCGCCAAAAUCUGUACUUUUAAGUUAAGUGGUGGUAUUUGUUUACAUUAAUGUCUAAAUUGUUAAACGGUUUUGUACAUAAGUGUGCUGUAUUGUAGCACUGACUAACUUAACACGCACACAAACAAGUUGUAUAUUUUGGGAGUGUUGAUUAAAUUGUUGUCGGAGCUUAUUUCACUUAAGUAGCAACUAGGGAUGCACAAUUAGUCCUGCCCAACCAGUGACUCUCACACCCCUCAAGUGAAUGUUUUAACAUAAAAGUAGCCUCUGUAUGUUUGCUUCAGAUUCAACUUUAUUUGUAAAGUUUCAAGGAUAUCUGCUGUUUAAUUCCCCUUCACUGUGGUCACUAUACAAUGUGUGGGAGAAGUGCUGGAGAAAUUUAAUUUCAGCAAAUUAAUGUUGAUCGCUGUGUUCCCGUAUUUGAACAUGAACAUGUUUUCUUGUCCUUUUGAAAACAAAAUAAA